CCUCUUGAGAUAAAUCUGCUAUCAAUGUAUAUAAAUAUGAAAAAAAUGUAACACUUAUGUUACCAGUCGACAUAAUUUUGUUACUCUAGAUCAUGGACUCUCCAGUUGUAACAAUUGAUGAUGGACAACUAAAAGGAACCCACAAAGCUAACCUAGAUGGAGAAAACUUUCACGCCUUUUUGGGAAUACCAUUUGGAAAACCACCUGUCGGGAAGUUAAGAUUUAAGGCACCUGAACCAUCUGAACCAUGGACUGGAAUAAAGGAUGCAAGCAACGAAGGAAAUAUGUGCUUUCAGCGAGACUUUACAACAAAAGUUAUGAAAGGCUCUGAAGAUUGUUUAAAUCUAAAUGUCUUCACCAAAACUCUCCCGUUUGAGGGACCCAAACUAAAACCAGUCAUGGUUUGGAUAUACGGCGGUGCCUUCCGCCUAGGUUCAAACUCACCUAAAACCUACGGUCCUGAAUACCUUUUGACAGAAGAUAUAGUUUUGGUAGUACCCAACUAUCGUGUUGGUUUUUUGGGUUUCUUUCACCUAACAGAUACAUCUUUAGAUGUACCCGGAAAUGCAGGUCUCAAGGAUCAACUUUUAGCCCUAAAAUGGGUGCAGAAACAUAUCAAAAACUUCAACGGAGAUCCAAAUAACGUUACCAUUUUUGGAGAAAGUGCUGGAAGUAAGAGUGCACACCAACUACUUCUGUCAGCAUCUGCAAAAGGAUUAUUCCAUAAGGCCAUCUUGCAGAGUGGAGUUGUGUUGAAUCCAUCGAAUUUCUGUAAAGAUUCUGGUCUUAAAUUCGCUAAACAUGUUCAAGCAGAUACAGAAACCGAAGCACAGGCAUUAGAAGUGUUACAAGGAUUAUCUGUUAAAGACCUGUAUGAACAAGAAGAAAAAUUCUUUCAAGCUUCAGGAGGAUCUAGAGUGAUAGGUCCCAAUAUAGAAAAACCAAACAAAACUGCUACUAUUACCUCUGAUCCGGCAGAACUUAUAGCGUCUGGACAAUAUAACAAAGUCCCAAUACUAUUGGGCUACUGUGACAGAGAAGGGAUGUUGAUGGAAGUUUAUAGAAGGUUUCAGGUUAUGGCUGGUGUAGAACCAUUUGCUAUAUAUAGCAAAAUAGAACUAGACAAUUUUAUACAUCCAGAUUUGCAAUUGGCAGAAGACGAUCCAAAGAGACUGAUUAUUAAGAACAAGUUAACUGAACUCUAUUUGCAGCCACCAAAUGUAGAUGACAAAUGGUUGCUACCCAGUGACUAUUCCUUUAUAGUAGGAAUAAUUACUGUAGCCAAACUACACGCAAAAACUUCCUCGGAACCAGUAUAUUUAUAUAGGAUGUCUUUGGAUGCAGGUUGCAAUAUGUUUAAGAAAAUCAUGAAGCUUGAAGACAAAGGUGCAUGCCAUGCUGACGACCUAGGCUACCUGUUUAGUUCUGAGGAAAGAGAUCCAUUCUUUUACAAAGGCGUUAUUGAACGAAGAGCCAUAAGACGAUUCGUAAAAUUAUGGACAAAUUUUGCAAGAACCGGUAAUCCAACCCCAAAGGGAAAUGACUUAAACAUUGAAUGGAAACCUGUAGAUACAAAGACAGUUCACUUCUUGGAUAUUGGCGAGGAGCUUACUGUGGAUACUGAUCCUGAAUCUGAAAGAAUGAAAGUGUGGAAAGAAAUAUUCGAACUCAGUACAUCGACAAGUAAUUAUUUAUAAAUAGGUACAUUCAAAAUGUCUAUUUUUGUUGAUAAUAAACAUAAUUUUAGUUUAUACAAAUGGAUUUUAUUGGUGAAUGUUAAUCAAUGAAAUUA